AUGCCUCUGCGCAGGCCGGGCAGCGAUCAGCGACCACCAGCAUACGCUAGCGUCGUCCAGAGAGUCUACGGGCGCACCCUGCGACCCGUCAUCAUUUUGCAGUGCAUCAUCGGUCUACUCUACGGAGCGAUAUCAGGCGCACGCUGGCUCAGAGACACCAAUGAUACCGGCGAGACCACCCGGCUCAAGACGUUCGACAUCAUUCUCGGCGUCCUCCUCCUCCUCGUCGCUCUCAUCGAAAUGCUCGGCCUACAUGCCGCCGUACUGCAGCGGGCCAAGUUCGCACGCCUCUACUUCAUCGCCUCUACCGUCGCCGCCGCCCUGACACUCACCAUCGGUCUCGUACGCAUCGUCGUUCAUUUUGUUGCAAAGAGCGACAUCAUCGCUCAGUGCGUCCUCGAGAACCAGGGGGCGCAAGAUGACGAUGGCGUCCUCUUGACCGAUGCCCAGCUCACCGACGCCUGCAACUCCUCCUGGUCAAGCGGGACCUACUUCGACAUCGGCUGGCUCAUCGUCACCGUCCUGCUCUCUCUGCUCUGGGCAUCUACCGCAGCAGGCUACUAUCACGAGCUACAGGCAGGCACAAAGCUUCCGUCCGAUCGCUACCAGCUCAACGCCUACGCGCCCCAGGACGCGCCUUUCCAGCCAGGCACACCCUGGACUGCCAACACUGCGCCGCCGUACACGGGCUAUUCUGCCCCUCAGACGAAUCCGGACGGUCUGCCGAUCUAUGACCAAGCAGGUUUUGACGGUCAGACGGCAGAUAAGAAGGAUAGAUUCGGUCAAGAGGAAGAGCAAGAGCUUGAUCAUCAGCAACAGAGUCGCCAUCUCUAUGAUGACCUACCAAGACGGAGUACAUCGAGCAAUGACUCGAGCUCUACCGUCGUUCUCAACGCCGGACGGGAAUCAGAAGCUCGUGUCUGA